UUGAGUUUACCUGGCAAAAAGUCGAAUCAGUAGACCGGCGCAUGCGGGAAACUUUCGCUUUAUAUUUAAGGACAGUCGACGUAAAAUCGUACUACAGUGUUCAGUACCAGUCUCAGUGAUAUAGUAUAGUUGGUAGUAAAUCUGUCGCUAGGGUUUUACUGCUGACUUUUACCAAAGUAUUAGUAAUUGUAGUGCUGCUGUAUAUCAGUAUUCGCAGCCAUGGUUUUGACAAAGGAACAAAUUGCCGUGCACAAGGAGUUUUUCAAGAAAGCGGACACCGACAACAGCGGGUCGCUGACGGUUCAGGAGCUGUACAAAGCUCUAGAGAAAAUGGGGUACAAGCUCACCACAGAUGAGUGUGCCGCUAUGUUCGUUGGAACCGAUACCAACAAAGAUGGGAAAAUCACCCUGGAAGAGUUUCUCUUUGAAAUGAACAAGGUAGACCCACGCAAAGUGACAGAAUCUGAUCUGAGACGGACGUUCAAAGAGAUAGACAAAAGUGGCGACGGAUUCUUGGACAGAAAGGAGCUCGGAAAGGUGCUUGUAAAGUGCGGCAAAAAACUAACCGACGCCGAACUCGACACCAUUGUUGAGAAAGUUGACAAAGAUGGCGACGGACAAAUCAGCUAUGAGGAAUUCUUGAAGGCGUUUAAGGGUUAAAAAAACCACAACGCUGACAUCACCACUGUAUAUAUAUUACUAACUAACUCCAACCACGGUUUAAGUGAAUAGCAAAAAGGGUAGGGGUAGGGCUUUUUUUUAUUAUCUCCAUACCCACUUAAGAUUAAAAAAUAUUUGCCCUUGAACGUUAGUUCUGACUUUGAUCGGAGAUCCUGCUCAGGAAAAAAGUAUGCAAAUAGGUCAAUUAUUAUUGUUUAUAUAUUGUUCAAAAUAAGUAUAGGAUAUAUAAGCAUAGCACAACAUAACAGAAACACUGGGGUUAUAUUUGUAAUAUUAGUAGUGAGUCGCAAAGUGGAAGCCAUCAUACAACAUAAUGAAUUGCUAUCAAAUUUGUUAGUAACGGAACAAAAUAGGCAACAAAGGUAAACUUGUGAAAAUUCAAGUAAACUUUGAAUGCAUUAAUAACGUAAAACCACUACAGUUAUUUUAUUAAAAAAUUUUUUUAAUCCAUCAUGGCAUGCUACCUACCAAACAACCAGUCAAAAUUUGGGUAUCCUAUCCCAUUUACCUAUAACGCGGUGCAUAACUUUGCUAAAUGUUUGCACACCAUUGAUGUUGAUGAAGACGCCAUGUAUGCCUAUGAAACGGAAGGUUUAAAAUUAAAUAAACUUUACUGUACUAUACCCGUGUUGAUAAGAGAAAGAUCUGACCAUUUUAGUGUGCUGGUGUUUUUAAAGAUUUGCAUCAUGUUAAAUGUCCCCUGCUUAUUUUGAGCAGUAUACACUGAACAGGAACACAAGGUACAGGUAUUAUUGUAUACAACUAUUGUUCGUACUUGCCACGCUAAUUAUCCCCAGCAUUAUAUUUCUUUUACAGAAAUGGGGGAAAAUUUGUAUAGUUUACCUUGAUUAUUUGUAUUACAUUCUGCCAUAAUGUGCAGAAAUCGACCGAUGUACACAGCCGGCAGUGCCAUAUUCAGGGUUAACAAUGGGCUGCGGAAUUUGCCUUUUUAGUUGAUUGUAAUGCUCAGUCAUAUCAUCAUACAUGUUGAUAAAAAAAAAUGUAUGUCUUACAACAUUUCAUUUAUUUUGUGUAGACCCUACAACUCGUUAAUUUUACAUUUAAUAGCUAUUACAAAUCGCUAAUUUUACAUUUAAUAGCUAUUACAAAUCGCUAAUUUUACAUUUAAUAGCUAUUACAACUCGUUAAUUUUACAUUUAAUAGCUAUUACAAAUCGCUAAUUUUACAUUUAAUAGCUAUUUUAAAAGACUGCUCUGAGUGUUUUGCCAUGGUAACAUGUUUCUGACAAAUACAUCAUUUUCAGCGACUGAAGUGACAUUUAUCUUGAAUACAUUUUUGAAUACAUUAGGUUGACCGAAAACACAUUGGAUACUAGUAUAUAGAGACAUUGAUAUUCUAAACAAGAACAUAAAUCUGAUUUAAUAUGUAAUUUAAACCCUUAAAAAGGAUUUAUUUGUCGGAAAUAUACAAUAGGACAUGAAAACAAAUGCCAACAAAUUUACAUCAAUUUCAUCAUCAAAACUAGAGGAACAAUUACCGUGUACAUUUUCCGUGAUAAUCGAGUAUAGACAUUCGUAAUUGAUCAUCACGGCGCUAAAGCCUAACCGAUCAAGAUUUUAUUGUCAUCGAUCACCAUAACAUCACAGGUUGAGGGUAUAUACGUAUUUCGUUUCUGUGUAAAAUCAACACAUGCAUAUAAAUAUAAUUUUAAAAUGCUAUUUUUAAUUAUUAACUCUCUGAAAGAAAGAAAUGGUUGUGUGUGAAAAUUCGACCUAUUAUUUUUCUAAGAAAGUAUACUUGUGAAUACAUUGUGUGUAUAUAUAUAUAUGUAUAUAUAUAUAUAUAUAUAUAUUAUAUGUAUAUAUGUAUAUAUGUAUAUAUGUAUAUAUAUAUAUAUAUAUAUAUAUAUAUAUAUAUAUAUAUACACGCACACACAGGAAUUUCAUACAUUCUGUUAAUUACAUUCCAGAAAAUAAUUUUGAAUGUUCAAAUUAUUUUUGUAUUUGUUUUGGUAAUGGUUGGUCUGUCUUUUUGUUUUUUAAUUUCUUAAUUUUGUAUGCACAUUUACAUCAAUAAUAAACACAUUUGUGUACCCGC